AUGGAAAAGUCAAAAGUGUUAAUAACUAGCAUUCCAGUUGGUUCAUAUAAAGAUGUCGAGGAAAAGCUUAAAAAGUUGAAUAAGAAACCAGGUCCCUUCGAUGCAAUUUUAGUACUAGGUGAAAAGGAUUUAGAUGUCCAGGAUAUAGAUACAAUUGAAUUAUCACCACUGUAUUUCUUUGCUUCUAAUGAUAAAACUGAUCUAAAUUCUAAGGAAAGUAGUGGUGAUGUCACUUUUUUAAAUAAUUAUGGUAUGUAUCAGCUCUCUAAUGGACUGAAAAUUACAUACCUAAUGUUAACAGGUAAAGAAUUGAUAGAACAGAAAGCGUCCAUUGUAAAAUAUUUCUCGACAAUUGACAAACCUGUAGAUAUAUUUAUUUCUUUUGAAUGGAGUGUGGCAAUUGCCAAGAAUAAAGGAAGAAUACUGGGGAAUGAGGUAGUGGAUGAUGUUGUUAAAUUGCUACAGCCAAAAUAUCAUUUUAGCAACGGUGAUAAAUCUAGUUAUCUCGAGUAUAAUCCUUUUAAAUGGGACAAUACUGACGUCAUUACAAGGUUUUUGAAUAUUGCUGAGUAUAAGUCAAAAGAAAAAUGGGCAUAUGCAGUUAACAUAGACCUCAAUCUAUCACAGUUUGACCAAGAAAUACCUGAAAAUUUAAUACAAAAUCCAUUUACCGCUGAAAAUACAAAGGAAAAUAAAGGAGAAAAUAGCAAUGUAGUCGAGUAUUCUAAGAGAUUUAAUGAUGAUGAACUUAUUACUGAAAGAAAAAUCAAGAAACAAAAAACAGUAUUACCUACCAAUUGUCAUUUUUGUUUUACAAACCCUAAUGUAGAAGAUCAUAUGUUUAUAUCAAUAGGCAACCAUUCUUAUUUAACAAUUGCUAAGGGACCAUUGAGCGUUCCUAAAGGAGAAAUGGACUUUUCAGGUCAUUGUCUAAUAGUACCAAUUGAGCAUAUUCCAAAAUUAAACAAUGGACAAGAUUCAGACACCAUUAAAAAUUUAAAUGAAGAGAUUACCCGCUAUGAAAAAAGUGUAGCUGAUAUGAACUAUACAAAAUAUGAUAUGUCUACUGUCACCUUUGAAAUUCAUUCUAGUAAAUCUGUCCAUUAUCAUGAACAAAUACUACCAGUUCCAAAAUAUCUUAUAAUGAAAUUUCAAACUGCACUAGAUAGACAAGUUUACUUGAAUAAUGAGAAAUUUCAAAAUAAUGCAAAAUUGUCAUUUCAAGAAUAUAAACAAACUGAUAAUGAAUAUUUAGAGAUCAUUGAUAAUGUAGAAUCUAAUUUCUUUCGUUUUAAGAUUUAUGAAACAAAUGAAGCCGAACCUAGAAUAUUUAUUGCAAUGUUUAAGUCAGAGGAACGAAUUGACCUACAGUUUGGUAGAAGAGUUUUAUCAUUCUUGCUAAAAUUGCCAAAAAGAAUGAAAUGGGAUUCAUUAAUCUGUCAACAAACUAAGGAUCAAGAAAUCCAAGAGGUAAAAAAAUUCCAAAAAGGAUAUAAAAGUUUCGAUAUCGUGAAUUGA